AUGAGCAUCACUUUGGCGUUGGAGCGUUCCCAUAACGACUCAGCGGAGGUCCAGGAGUGGUGGAUCGUGAACCAGACAGAUCCGGGACAGAUCAGCGUUCGUAGGCCCAAGCACCUGUACGACGCUGGGCUGGAGCUCUAUGUCUUCAGUGACCAGGUCAGCCCUCCUAGUCUGGGCUUCCUGGCUGGAUAUGGGAUCAUGGGUCUGUACGCCUCCGUGGUGCUCGUCAUCGGUAAGUUCGUCCGUGAGUUCUUCAGCGGUGUCUCCCACACCAUCAUGUUCGAGGAGCUGCCCAACGUAGACCGCAUCCUGAAGCUCUGCACCGACAUCUUCCUGGUCCGAGAGACGGGAGAGCUGGACCUGGAGGAAGACAUGUACGCUAAACUCAUCUUCCUCUAUCGCUCGCCUGAGACUAUUAUCAAAUGGACCAGGGACAAGACUCAGUGAGCCUGGGUGUAUAGGGUAGUUA